AUGAAAUAAUUUGAAGGUGUCCAAAACUAAGCAAUUCAUCAAGAUUAAAUUAGAAAUGAGGACUAUCAUGGGCCACUUAUGAUAGAUAACAUUAAUAUUCAUGUCAAAAGCAAAAGAACAAUGAGAGGAUAAGCUCAGGAAGUAAUAUAUAAUCUUUCAUAAAUUGAUUUAGAUGACAAGCUAAAGAGAGAUUAGGAUGAAGCUAAUUACAUGGAUUCGCAUGAAUAGAAUGCUAGUAAGAGAUUGAUUGAGCAAAGGGCUCUACUAAUAAAUGAUGGGUCAGACUAAAUAAACACCUAAGAAUUUAAAAUGCCAUUACUUCAAAAUAAAUAAAACAGCUAUUACUCUACAUUCUCAGGAUAAAAGUACUACAUUGCACGGGAAGAAAGCCAAUAGUGCAACUUAGAUUCUUAAGGUGGGCAAAGUCUAGAUUAGCAAAGUAGAAAUAUGAAGUCCUGA